AUUCUUGAAUCCAAAUUGGCUGAAUCAGGGGACUUUGAAGAAGAAGUUAAAUUCUUGAGAGAGGAGUUGUGUAUGUCUAAAUCCAAGCAUUUGUUGUUGUUGCAAGAACUCGAGAGCAAAGAGACAGAGCUACAGUGUUCGUCUCUUUCUGUGGAGAAACUGGAGGAGACCAUCUCGUCCUUAACGUUGGAGUCCUUGUGUGAGAUAGAAAGCAUGAAGCUUGAUAUAUCAGCUUUGGAGCAAGCACUCGUUGAUGCGAUGAGAAUCCAAGAGGAAAGCAUCCAAGAGAAAGAUCAGUUGAGAGGAGUAAUCGAAGAGGUUCAGUUUCAGUCUCGAGAGGCGCAGGAGAAGGCUAAGUCCGUUGAGAAGCUAAACGAAGAGCUGAGGAAGAGAAUCGCCGGUUCUGAAAAGAGUAUCAAAGAGUUUUUUCAAAGUACUAAAGAACGGUUGGAAAGUGAAAACGAAGAGCAGCCACCUCUAAAUGGAGAGUGUUUCUUCGCUGAAUUGAGCCAUGUGUUUCCAUUGUCCAGUGAAGGUCGUGAAUGUUUUGAUGCAAUUAUCAAGAGACUAGAACUUCCCCGGAAUGUAACUUUGAUUGAUAAAAUGGAGGGUAUGGGGAAACAGAUACAGCUGCAGGAAGAUCUUGUGAAGCGGCUCAAGGAGGAACUGAAAGAGGAGAAACUGAAGGCGAAGGAAGAAGCGGAAGACCUUACGCAAGAAAUGGCUGAACUAAGGUAUAAGAUGACAUGUUUGGUCGAUGAAGAACGCAAACGCCGUGUGUGCGUAGAGCAAGCGUCGUUACAGAGAAUCGCAGAAGUGGAAACACAGAUGAAGAGAGAGACGAACAAGCGCUCUUCCACAGAUAUGCUACCUCUUUCCGUGUUAUGAAAACACCAUGAGCUUUGAUGCAUAGCUUUACCUUUACACAAUUAACCCAUGUUCACAUCUCUGAGUCUCAUCCAUGGAUUUUCCGCUGAAAUAUGCUUGGAAGGUGAUGGUUCUUUCAUAAUUACAAAUGGAAUCGCAGGAUGGUGGGCAGGAUCAGAGAGACUUGAAGUGGCUGGAGUGAGAUGAACAACCGAUGUGAGAGUCAAAACCUUGCUAGGGUUUUAACAGCCA